UUGUUCACCACCUCGAUUAACCCUAACCCUAAUUCUCCCCAAAUUCUCCCAGAUCUCGAUGUAAUCGAUCUCAUUCGAUUCGUUUUACUUCAAUUCCCAUCGUUUUCGGAUCUUGAUCGCCAUGGAUAGCCCUCCGGAAGCUGGAUCCACCCCGUUCUUGAGUUUAUUCGCUGCGUUGUCGUAUGGAAUCGCAUCCAUGGCGAUGGUUUUCAUCAACAAGGCGGUUUUGAUGCAGUACUCCGAUUCCAUGACCCUCCUCACUCUUCAGCAACUGGCUACGAGUCUUUUGAUACAUUUUGGAAGAGUGAUGGGGCACAUGAAGUUUAAAACAGUGAAUUUUGCGACGGCGAAGAAGCUGUUGCCAGUGUCAGUGUUCUACAAUGCCAAUGUGGCAUUUGCUCUUGCGAGCUUGAAGGGUGUGAAUAUACCGAUGUAUAUUGCUAUUAAAAGGCUCACUCCUCUUGCUGUGUUGGUGGCCGGGUUCUUUUCGGGGAAGGGGAGGCCCCCAAUUCAAGUAUCUCUCUCUGUUGUUUUUACUGCUGUUGGAGUCAUUAUUGCUGCUUUGGGAGAUUUCUCCUUUGACCUCUUUGGCUACGGCAUGGCUCUCACGUCUGUAUUUUUCCAGACUAUGUAUUUGGUGUUGGUGGAAAAAUCAGGUGCAGAAGAUGGGCAUUCAUCAGUUGAGCUGAUGUUCUAUAAUGCGAUUUUGUCACUGCCUUUUUUGCUAUUCCUUAUCAUAGCAACAGGAGAAUUCCCUCAUUCUUUAUCGGUAUUGUAUGAGAAGGCACAUUCCUUACCGUUUCUGGUGAUUCUUAUUCUUUCAUUGGUGAUGGCCAUUGUCCUUAACUUCACCAUGUUUCUGUGCACCAUAGUUAACUCAGCUUUAACGACAACCAUUGUAGGAGUUCUCAAAGGAGUUGGAUCCACAACUCUUGGUUUUAUCUUCCUCGGUGGAGUGCAAAUACACGCCCUCAAUGUGACUGGAUUGGUCAUAAACACAGCAGGCGGUGUGUGGUAUUCAUUCGCCAAGUAUCAGCAGAAGAAGAGAAUGCCAAGGAAGGUAAUAUCCGACACGGAGUCUCACAACAAAUGAGACUGGAGAGAACCACAUUUUCGUGGUUGUGGCAUCGUCUUAGUAUAUGAUCUUUUAUUGAUUCUUCAAGUUUUUAAGACCAUAAGAGGCUACACAAACAAGAAUUCAUCACAGUUCACCAAGCGGACAGAUAAAAAGGUACACAUAGAAGACCCAAAGCUAUAUGUAAUUGAAAAUAAGAACACUUUUACCAGGCAACUAGUGUUUUACAUUCUUUGUCAUGAGCAUUUCAAGUGUAACUUUUCCAAACGGUAAUGAAAUAAGUUUUGAGAUUGUUUUCUA